UUUCAUUCUCUAAAAAAAGUUUCCAGUCAAGCGUAUGCCGUCUAGAAAGAACCAAAAUAAGUAAGAAAAAUAAGAAAAAUGAGUAAACAAAUACUAGAAUGAAAUUCCACUCUACUGUAUUUGCCUACCGUUGACUGCAAUCUCAGUCCACGCUUUCAGACAACCAACCUCUCGCUUUCUUUCAAAACCCCCACCUUCCUUACCCGUUAAUGGCGGCUUCUCCUUUUCCUUCUCUCUCUUCCACCCGUUUCCCUAUUCUUUUACUUUCUCAUCAAUUAACCAAAACCCCCCAUAUUCUCCAUGGAUCCAGCACUUCAAGCUUUUCUAGCUGCUGCAGCAAGCUUCGUUGCAGUCAUCUUAAUCUUCGGUGCUCUCUAUGUUUUCUGCAGAGACCCUAAUAAACGACGCCGUACUGAGCCGACCCGGAAUCGUCCCGAGACCCGAAACACCCGAGCAAUAGCUAGUAAUACGGAGCUUUCUUCCAUCACGGUAACUGAAAGUGCAACGUUUGACCCGUCCCUGAACCGGAUCUCCAUGCCGGAGCUCGUCGACGCGACCCGAGAUUUCUCGCCGGAACUUAUCAUCGGCGACGGCAGUUUCGGUAUGGUGUAUAAAGCUAAGCUCGCCUCCGGCGUCUCGGUCGCCGUGAAAAAGCUCUCCGCCGAUGCUUUCCAAGGGUUCCGGGAGUUUCGGGCCGAGAUGGAAACCCUCGGUAAUAUCCGGCACCCAAAUAUAGUCAAAAUGCUCGGGUACUGUUCCACGGGUUCUGACCGGGUCCUAAUUUACGAGUUCGUUGAAAAAGGUAGUCUCGACCAAUGGCUUUACGACACGUCAUCAGCAUCCGACAUGGCAGAAUCAAUCUCUUGGAUGCCGUUAAGUUGGGUAACGAGAAUUAACAUUGUUAAAGGAGUUGCAAAAGGACUUGCUUAUAUGCACAAUUUGGAUACUGCAAUUAUUCAUAGGGAUAUUAAAGCUAGUAAUAUCUUAUUAGAUGCAAAUUUUGAAGCUUAUAUUGCUGAUUUUGGAUUGGCUAGGAGAAUUCAAGGGUCACAUUUACAUGUUUCAACACAAGUAGCAGGUACAAUGGGGUACAUGCCACCAGAGUACAUUAAUGGUGCAACAAAGGCAACUACAAAUGGAGAUGUUUAUAGUUUUGGUGUGCUAAUGUUAGAGAUUAUUACAGGGAAGCGUCCUAAUUUCCCAUUUAAAGGAGAGGAUGGUCGUGAAAUUAGGCUUGUUAAUUGGGUUAAUGAUAUGGUGGUGCAAGAACGUUACAUGGAAAUGGUUGAUGCCAAUCUUUCGAAGGAUGGAUUGAAAGAAAUUGCAGUUAUUGAGUAUUUUAAGAUUGCAACAAUGUGCGCUAAUGAAAAUUGUAUAGAUAGGCCUCCCAUGAAUGAUGUUGUUGAGAUAUUGAACGGAAUUCCAACAAGUUAAGGGUCGACAUUCAUUUCUUCUUAAGUAUUCAUAGAUGAGAGCCUAAAAGACACCUUUGAUUGCUCACCGAUGUAAGGUAAUAUGUAUUAUUCUAAGUUUUAUAUUUAGUAGUUUAAAAAUUGUAAAAAGUAGGACAAUUUGUUGUUUUUAAUAUUAAGCGAAUGAGAUAACUACUUCAGAGAUCCUAGCUAACUGAGAUCUCGGAACUUGUGUAAAUUUUUCAGGUACAGGUACAUGUGUAUAUAAUUGCACCAAUUAAAAUUCUUUUGACCUAAA